AUGAAUAUUCCAGAGUUUAGAGAGAAAUUUCUGCGUGGAAUAAAAACAAGGGAUAUUUCAGUACAAAGAAGAUUAGCACUGCUUUGUGACGUUAAAGGUGGGGCUACUGUACUACUACAGUGUUGUCAAUAUGAUUUUAUUCCAUUAAUUGAGUGGUGUUUUGACCAUGGUGUUGAUGUUAACCGGCAUAGAGAUGAUGAUGGGAGUCCAUUGAAUUUUGCAAUUCAACAGGGUCACACAAAAGUAGUAAAGGUAUUACUAGACAAAAAGGCAGACAUUAAUAAGUGUGAUAAAUAUGGAGGGUAUCCUUUGUUUAGGGCUUGUCAGAAUGAUAAUAAAGAGAUAGUAAAAAUUUUACUAGACAACAAGGCAGACAUCAAUGAGUGUAGAAAUAGUGUCACGACUCCUUUGACAGUUGCUUGUCAGAAUAAUCAUAUACAGACAGUAAGGUUAUUACUGGAUUACAAGGCUGACAUCAAUAAGUGUGAUGAUAAUGGAGCAUCUGCUCUGUAUAUGGCUUGUCAGAAUAAUCAUUUAGAGAUAGUGAAGUUAUUACUUGACAACAAGGCAGAGGUUAACAAGUGUGCAAAUGAUUUAUAUCCUUUACAUACUGCUUGUCAGGACAAUCUUACAGAGUUGGUUCAGAUAUUACUGACUAACAAGGCAGACAUUAAUCAGCGAAAUCGUAAAGGAGCGUCUCCUCUACAUAUUGCGUGUAACAAUGAUCAUAAAGAUAUAGUAGAGAUAUUACUGGCCGGAAAGGCAGACAUUAAUCAAAGUAAUAAUAAGGGAACAACUCCUUUGGUUAUUGCUUGUUGGGAUAAUUUAAAAGAUAUAGUUAUACUUUUACUGAACAACAAGGCAGACAUUAAUAAGAGUGAUCACACUGGAUCAUCUCCUUUACAUUUUGCGUGUUACUUUAAUCAUAUAGAGAUUGUAAAGGUAUUACUGGACAAAAAGGCAGACAUUAAUAAAUGUGAAAAGCAUGGGUCAUCUCCUUUGUAUAUUGCGUGUCAGAAUAAUCAUAUAGAAUUAGUAAAGAUUUUAAUAGACAACAAAGCAGAUAUUAAUAAGUGUAUAGUUGAUGGAGCAUCUCCUUUGUUUACGUCUUGUCGUUUAAAUCAUAAAGAGAUAGUAGAGGUACUACUUGACAACAAGGCAGACAUUAAUAAGUGUACAGGUGAUGGAACGUCUCCUUUGUUUAUUGCUUGUCAGCAAAAUCAUAUAGAGAUAGUUAAGGUAUUACUGAACUACAAAGCAGAUAUUGAUAAUUGUAGAGAUAAUGGAAAAUCUUCUUUGUUCAUAGCUUGUAGGGAAAAUCAUAAAGACAUUGUUCAGAUUCUACUUGACAAUGGUUCUGAUAUUAAUCAUUGCACACAUUUAAAAGCAUCGCCGUGUUUUGUUGCAUUUAUGAGAAAUCAUGUUUAAAUAGUGAAAAUGUUGGAAGAAAAAGGAGUAGAUUGCAAUAGAGUGAUUACACUGUGUCGAAUCUUGGCAUGGAUCAUUAAUUUUAUACGUUCGACAAAUGAAUCAUACUAAUAGACUCUAAAUUAUAUUAUAGGUUUACGUUUUCUACAAAAUAUGAAAGUGAUAUUAAAAGAGACAAAUGAUAAUGGCAUAAGGAAGAAAUACAACAUUUUUUUGUUAAACCAUUACAUUAUUGAACGAUAUUAGGAGUGAUAUUCUAUUAAAAUGAGUGGCCAAAUUAGUCAUAUUCUGCUUUUAUGUUAAUAGCAGUGUUGCUGUAAUGAAUUGUCAAAGGUGUAUUAUUUUUCUAGUGAUACAUUGUAGCUGCUGUUCGUGACG